UUGAUGACAUCAUUUUUCUUCUACUUUAAAAACACAAAUGUAAAUGUAUAAAACCGCAUGAAAUAUUUUUUUCCCGGCAUAUAAGCGGACACCUCUGCAGCGGGGGUCCUACGACUAACAGGAAGAGAAGAUGACCGUACACAACCUUUACAUAUUUGACCGGAAUGGAAACUGUCUGUUUUAUAGCGAGUGGAACCGGAAGAAGCAGGCGGGAAUCUCCAAGGAUGAGGAGUUUAAGCUGAUGUAUGGGAUGCUGUUCUCCAUCCGCUCCUUUGUCAGUAAGAUGUCUCCUCUCGACAUGAAGGAUGGCUUCUUGUCCUUUCAGACCAGCAAGUAUCGUCUGCAUUACUACGAGACUCCCAGUGGACUGAAGUUUGUCAUGAAUACAGACCUGUCCGUGAGCAACGCCCGGGAGACACUGCAGCACAUAUACAGCAACUUGUAUGUGGAGUACAUCGUGAAGAACCCGGUGUGUGUGUUGGGCCACAAUUUGGACAGUGAACUGUUCAGCAGCCGACUGGACGCCUUCAUCAGAGCCUUGCCAUACUACAGCCCCCGAGCCGCCUGAGAGAUGCACACGCACGCACGCACGCACGCACACACACACACACGCACACGCACACACAUACACACUCUCACACACAGAGUUGCAUUGUAUUUAUUGUGAACACGAAUCAGCCUGUUGUUUUGUAUCUUCAUGACUCUGUGUGUUGCUGUACAGCAGCAGGAAAACGUGACUCUUUAAUUAAACGGUUCAACCAGG